CCGUCUUCCUGCUUGCAGUCUGUGCACAAAGCGAUGAGCAUAAAGAGGCGAGGCGAACACAGAAAACAAUAAUCGUGCAUAUUCUUAUCGUUUUAGCAUUACUUUUCCAUUGCAUUUUAUUAUUAAUUGCAAAUCUUUUAAACAAUCCCACCUAUCACAGGAUCAAUAGUUCUAAUUUGUUUGGAACACAUCAAACAUGUCUGAAGCGCAGAUCUGUGACAUUAGCUCGGAAGUUAAGGAGGAAAUCAGCAAGUUUCGUUUUCGUCGGAAUGCGGCCAACACUGCAUUAAUUUUAAAAAUCGACCGCGAGAAGCAACUGGUAACGGUUGACGAACUGCUGGACGACAUCUCUGUAGAGGAACUGCAGGAGCAACUACCGAGCCAUCAGCCGCGAUACAUCAUCUAUAGUUACAAGAUGGUCCAUGACGAUUCGCGGAUAUCGUACCCGAUGUGUUUCAUCUUCUACACUCCAAGGGACAGCCAGAUGGAACUGUGUAUGCUGUAUGCUAAAACACGCAUGGCUUUGCAACGAGAAGCUGAUCUUACUAGAUUCUACGAAAUUCGGGAACUCGACGAUAUGACUGAAGAUUGGUUGAAAGAGAAAUUAAGAUAGAACUAGCGGAUUCGAAACAGAUCGCCGUAGCCAAACGUCGCCAAGCGUGUACUAACUAUAGGGUUUUAUUUAGCUAUGCCUUGAAAACUUUGAAUGAUAGGUUUUAGAUUGUGGCUCCAAAAUGUACAAAGUACCGCUGCUUUCGAUUAGUAGAUAUUGCAUUUUUGCUUUCUCGGCGUACCGUAUAUGAUGAAAGCAUUUUAUUCCUGUAGCGCAAUGUGUUUCACAUUUCCGCAAUAUCGUUUAGAAACGACACUAGUAUAACCAUAUCGAUUUGUAGUAACAUAGACGAAAAUAUCGGAUGUAAUUCCAUUUUUAGUGUAUUACGCUAAAAUUAAUAUUUCAAAAUUCCAGUCAUGCAUACGCAGACAAAAGCAUUUCUCGGAAACGCACCGCUAUUUUAGUUCUAACGGAAAAGAUUUUCUUACCUUCAAAAAUAAUCAUACUAAGGAUAAUUCCAUUCCUUUGCUGUUUUAAUCAUUUCAGUUUGUAGUCUGUCGUAUUCUACAGAGUACAACAAGACUUAUUGCUGCGUAUUAUUUUUAUUCGGAACAAUCAUUCAAAUUUAUGGUAUAAUAGAUAUGUAGAAAUAGUGUUUUAGAAGUAGAUAAUUUUGCCAAAAUCGGCUUAACAUGAACGAAUUAAAGUUUGGUCGAUAUUGUGUAAAACAAUUUGUUUGGCACUUCGCGGUAUAAAAGUUAGGUAAGCUGUAUUUCCUACGCUUCCACAUUAGAUGUAAUCGAAUCGGAUACAGGAUAAUAUUGUGUAAAUCUUUUAAAGAAGUACAAGAUAGUACAUACAUAAAAUUAUUUAGAAGCGGUUAUGAAAUAAUAACCAGAAUAGCAAUCGUAUACAGCAUAAUAAAAGCUGCAGUAGCUCUAAU